AUGGCCAACCUCAACAACGCUUCGUGGUCCAGCGGCCUCUGCGGCUGCACCCACGACGUCCGCAGCUGCUGCCUGACGCUCUUCUGCCCGUGCAUCGUCUUCGGGAGAAUCGCCGAGAUCGUCGACAAGGGAGCCACAUCUUGCUGUAAGAGCGGCACGGCGUACACGCUGCUGGCCACGGCGACGGGGCUGGGCGGCUGCCUCUACUCCUUCGGCUACCGCUCCAGGCUGCGGGAGCAGUACGGGCUGGAGGAGAAGCCCUGCGGCGACUGCUGCGUCCACUGGUUCUGCGAGCCCUGCGCCCUCUGCCAGGAGUACCGCGAGCUCCAGACCCGCGGCUUCGACAUGGCCCUCGGGUGGCAAGGGAACAUGGAGAGGAUGGGCAAGAGCGGUGCGACCGCCGCACCGCGGACGCACCAGGGGAUGACUCGCUAG